AUGGAGGUGGUGACCGGGGCGACGAGCAGCGUGCUCUCCAAGCUGGGAACGCUGCUCCAGGAGGAAUACUACCUCCAGAAGGGCGUGAAGAAAGACGUGGAGUCCCUGCAGAACGAGCUCAUCUUCAUGCGUGCCGCCCUGUGCAAGGUCGCGGAGGUGCCGCCGGAGCAGCUGGACACGCAGGUCAAGGCCUGGGCCGGCAACAUCAAGGAGCUCUCCUACGACAUGAAGGACGCCGUGGACACCUACGAGGUGCGCGUGGCCGGCAACGGGCUAGUCGACGGCGACCAGUACUUCACCUGGGUCGUCAAAAUGGCAGACACCGUCAACAAGGUCAAGGCUCGCCAUCUGCUCGCCGGAGUCAUUGCGGAGAUGAAGGACCUCACCAUGCAAGUGGCCGAGCUGCGUGACAGGUACAAGCUCGACAACAUCGCCGCUAGUAAUGAUCAGCAAGUAGCGGAAGACAUCAAAGUGUCAAUAAACUAUCAGCCCUGGACGUGGUGGCUUCCCCGCUACGGCGACAUUAUUUCUUUCCUGGUCACUUGUCGAAUCAAGGUGCGAGCAGAGCAAGAGACCGGCCACAAGGACUCUCUAGGAACUGGGUUUGAUGCGGCAAUCCCUAGGCUUAUUGGCAUGAAGGAUCCGGUGGGGGUGGGUGUUGACAUGAAGAACCUCUGCCAGUGGAUGACCAGCUCACAAGAUGUGAAACUAAAUAAUGUGCUUUGCAUUCUCGGUGUCGGAGGAGCUGGAAAGACCACCAUGGCCACAGCCUUGUAUCGAAAGUACGGUGACCGGUUUGACCUCCGAGCAACAGUCACAGCGUCUCAGCUGAGCAGCUCCUGCGGCCCAGCCGUCCUUAGGAGCAUUCAUAGACAAGUAAUGCCGCAGCCCAAGCUGGAUCACAAUACGGCUGACAUCAUCGAAGGCGCCAUGAAAAAAUGCUGUUUUAAUGCAACCGUUUGUGGGAUGCUACCUAGAGCUACCAGCUGCCUCAAACGCAUUAAGGGUGAUGGGCUGCAAGAUUCCAACCCCUCGGUUGAAAAUUACAAUAACAUUAUCACCAACGAGUUGAAAAAUCGACUGAAGGACCGCAGUUAUCUGUUAUUAAUUGAUGAUGUCCGGUCUGAGAAAGCGUGGAAGGAGAUUAGGGGUUCACUUCUUGGGCUAAGUUCUAAAAGAUGCAUAAUAAUAGUUACAACAAGGUCUCCAGCUGUUGCUGCGGCAUGUAAUGAAAAGGGAAAUGAAACUGAUAGGUUGAGCACUACGCACAAGGUGGGAUCCUUUGGUACGGAUAACAGCAAAGAGAUAUUCAUGGAAGCUUUGUCUGAAUCAAGAAGUGGUCUAAAAGAUAGCACUAAUGCUAUUUCUAAUAACAUUCCACCUGCUCGGCUGUGGGAGAUGUGCGGGGACCAGCCAGUGGCCAUAAUUGCCAUGGCUGCUCACGUCGCCUACAACCUAGACAAGCCUGUAGAUGAAUGGAAACAAGUUUGCAGUAAUCUCUUGCCGGACUCUGUGAAAGCUGUUGCCCCGGACGGUGUUCCUCGGAUACUUAGGCACUGCUACCAUGAUAUGCCUGCCGAGAUCAAGACCUGCUUCCUGUAUCUUAGUAUGUAUCCCAAGGGCUGCAAAAUUAGCAGGAAGCAUCUCACCAGGAGAUGGAUAGCAGAAGGUUUCGUCGAAGAGAAGCCGGGGCAGAGCAUGCAGGAAGUGGCAGAUGAUUACUUGGAUCAGCUCAUCAGGAGGAAGAUGGUACAGCCCGUGGAGCAAAGCAGCAACGGCAAGGUGAAGAACUGCGAAGUUUAUGAACUUGUUCAUGACUUCAUCGUGUCCAUGGCAAGCGAAGAGAACUUGGUGACUGUGAUCGUUGGCGGCUCUUACUUGGUACCACCGUCUAGUGGAAAACUCCGCCGGUUGUUGUCCCACUCCAUCCCUGCUGAGAAUGAUGAUGCAGCCGGCCAGAUCAGUUUGAACAUGUCGCAUGUCCGAUCACUUGUGGUGUUCGAGGAUUUGGAAGCAAGAGAUCACCUUGGUAGUGAUAAUGUUUCCCAGUCGGUACCACAACCUUUAACCUCACGUGACUGCCCAAUUUUGCAAGUGCUAGAUCUUGAAGGUUGCAGGGAUGUCCACCAUCUCGACACAAAACAAAUGAGGCUGAUAUGCAACAUGCUUCUUCUCAAGUACCUCAGCCUCCGAAGGACAGACAUUGUGAACCUCCCGAGAGAAAUUGGGAAACUCAGCAAACUGGAGACUCUGGAUAUAAGGGAGACCGAAGUUACAGUGCUACCUCAUACAGUAUGGCAUCUUGAACAUUUGGUUAGCUUGCUUGGUGGUGACAAAACUACAAGUCCACGGAAGGCAUUUAAGCUUCCUGCCAACAACACCAAGAAGGCGACGACAAUGAAAUCCCUGCAGGUCUUGUCGGGGAUUGAGAUCACUGAGGGGUCACUAGAACAUCUUAAGGAUCUGAUUAAACUGAGGAAGCUUGCCAUCUACAGGCUCGAACUGGACAACAAAGUGGAGAGCAACAUGGAAGGUUUGAAAUCAUGGAUAGAACGCCUAGGCGACAACUAUCUACACACACUGGUAAUUACGUUUGCAGAUCAAGAGCAGCUGAUUGAGGUUAAGCACUCGUCUUUCAAGUUACUUACUGCUCUGGAGAUAUCUGGCACCGGUACGUUAGUUGUCGAGCUCCCCGACUGGAUCAAAGAACUUACUGUUCUGGCCAAGAUCACCCUCCCAAUAACAGCACUCCGCUCAGACACACUAGACCACCUCAGUUUGAUGUUGUUACUUUUCUCUCUCACUUUCGCAUCAGAGUCAGAGACAAUUCCAGAUAAAGUCAAUGCCAUCAUCCAGAGGAACAAGGCAGACUCCUAUGGGGAAAUAAUCAUACCAGGUGAUGGGUUUUUGGGUCUCAAGCUUCUUCGCUUCUCUGCUCCCUCCAUGCCACCACUGAGUUUUCUUGACACGGCAAUGCCCAAUCUGGAAAGACUCGAGCUUCGUUGCAAAACAUUGGAGGGCCUCUUUGGCAUAGAAAACCUCAAGGAGCUCAAGGAGGUGCAUCUCAGUGUACAUAUACAAGCAGAUCAGUUUACCAAGUCGCUCGUGAAGAACAUCGCAGCUGCAGCCGAGGGCACAAGGAUAAUUUGUGAUGAGUAUCAAGAGUGA